UCACGUGGUCAGCUUCUGCGCCUGCGCGCUGUUGUUCCUGACGUUCCAGUUCCAAAUCCGUUCCGUUUGUUUGAGACGCAGACGCGUGAAGCGGCUUGCAAAAAGCCAUCGUAUUGUUGCCGUUUCAACUUGGAGAAUCGGACUCUUAAAAUCAUGAAGUGCAAAAGAUAAACGAGGAGAAUGUAGUGCUUGAAGAACCAAGUUCCGACGAGAGGCACACCAGAGCUGGCGUUCUCGGGCCAAACCUUGCCGGUCUAGGUGCCCUAACCAAACUUGGCCGUCGAGCUCCGUUUGUUAGCAGUAUUUAGUGUCUGUGAAGCCGUCAAAUCGUGAAAAUGGUGACCAAAGUCGUGCAAGUGACAAACAUCGCCCCACAGGCCACCAAGGACCAGAUGUCGACGCUCUUCGGGUUUUUGGGGAAGAUAGAUGAUAUUCGCUUGUACCCUACUAUUCGAGAUGUUGCUGUACCAGUCCAAUCUCGAAUUUGCUAUGUCAAGUACAACGAUUCAUCCUGUGUUGGUGUCGCUCAGCACCUCACCAACACUGUCUUCAUUGACAGAGCCCUGAUUGUGAUUCCUGUGGCCACCUCCGAGAUACCAGAUGAACAACGGGCUCUGGAGAUUAUGGCAUCUGGUUCGAUGAUUCCAGGACUACAAAUUGAACCUAAACUACCAGCCCAUGUUGUGAAUCAGGUUGAAGGGACUCCUCCAAAUCAGUACAUAGUUACCAUCGACCCUAAUUUGGAGAUGGAAGGUUUGGAUAUGUAUCCACAGCUUCCCACAUCCUAUGACAUCAAGAAGAUUGAAGAAAUACGACGGACCCUUCUAGUGUCUGGUUUUGAUGACGAUGUCACAGGCGAACAACUUAUGGACUUUUUCACUCAAGCUGGUGAGGUGAAAUAUGUUAAGCUUUGUUCCAGAGAUGAUGAUCCCAAUCGUUAUGCUCUGGUUGAAUUCACUGAUCAGCCUGAUAUAAUUAAAGCCCUCAAGAUGAAUGGUCAAGAAUUAAAUGGGAAGUGUGUAACAAUCACUCAUUCAACUCAAGCAAUAAUUAAGCCCCAGGCUAAAACAAAUGAAGCAGCUCAACGAGAAAUUGAAGAAGCAAUGAGCAGAGUGAAGGAAGCCCAAAAUUAUAUAUCUGCUGCUAUUGACCCAGUUAUUGGUAUGCUGGCAAAAGACAAGAAGAGAAGAACGAGGAGUAGAUCAAGGUCUAGAAGAUCGAGGUCAAGAUCCCAUAGAAGACGCAGGUCAAGAUCCAGACGUCGUUCCAGGUCAAGAGGUAGAAGGUCAAGUUCAAGAUCCCGAGGCAGAAGACACAAGUCAAGAUCCAGAUCACGCAAGCGUUCUCGUUCUAGGUCUCGGCGCCACUCAAGAUCUCCUAGAAAGAAACGGUCUCGUUCAAGAAGUCGCAAGAGAUCCAGGGAUGCCUCCAAACCCCGAAGGUCCCGGUCUAAAUCCAAAACUAAAUCUCAUAAAUCAUCGAAGAAGAACCCUAAGGAAUCCAAAGAAGAAAAAAGCUCAGACAAAGGGACACCAACCAAGGAGAAGGAAACUAAAGAUUCUAAAGAUAGCAAGGACAAAAAGGAAACUGAGUCAAAAGACUCAGACAAAAAUUCCAAAGAUAAGGAAAGUGAGAAGAAAGAUGAAUCAAAUGAUGUUGGUCCAGAAAAUGCUGAAGUGACGGCCAAUGGUGACACCAAGUCAGAGCCAGAACCAUCAAAAUCCAAGAAAGAAGAAAAGGUGAAAGACAAGGACAAGGAGAAAGAGAAAGAUCGAGACCAAGACAAGGAGAAAGAAAAAGAAAAGGACAGAGAAAAGGUUAAAGAAAAGGAUAGGGAUAAAGACAGAGAAAAGGAUAAAGAAAAGGACAGGGAAAAGGAUAAAGAUAGGGACAGAGAAAAGGAUAAAGAAAAAGACAAAGAAAAAGAGAAGAAGGACAAGAAGAAAUCCCGCAAGUCACCUUCACGCUCACGUACCCGGUCUCGAUCAAGAGGUAAAAGUGGGCGCUCCAAGAGGAAAAGUAGAAGUCGCACACCUUCUUCCAAAUCUCGCAAAAAGCGCAGCAGGACUAGGUCUCCAGCUCGUGCUUCAGCUCGCCGCAGUAGAUCUCCUUCAUUCAGACCUCGUAAACGAAGUGGAUCUAGAUCUCCACGACGAAGAACCAGUCGAUCACAUUCCCGGUUUUGAGUAAUACUGCAGAGGCUUGAAUUACAUUGGAAUCAGACAGUUAUAAUGCAUUUUUUUUACUUAUGUUUACUGGUCAUUUGUUGGCUUCUUCAAAACACACUGUUGUUUAUUCUGUUUGUUUCUUUCCCCCCACCCUUUUUUUCUUUUGUGCAAUCUGUUCUUUCAGUUACAUUCUUAUUAUUCAUUUUGCCCAUCACAUGUGUUCCUUGUUUAUAGCUGUUCACAUUAAUUUUAUCAUUAACAAUUUGCACGGGUGAUAUAGUUAAUUGUUCUGUGUGGUAAUAAUCUACUGUUGUCAAAAUGCUGAAGGGUCAUACAUCGAAGUGUGCUGUAGAGAACUGCAUCAUGGUUUUAUCAAUAUCAAAGGUUUGUGUUAUAUAUUUCAUGAAUAAAUCCAUUCUAUAAGCUA